AUGGCGCUGCCCGGAGAGUCCAGGGAGACUCCAAGUGCCUCCAGGCAGCUGUCGAAUGAGCUGGCGCGGAGGCCUUCUUCCGAAGCAGGUGAAGAGGUGGACCGCAUUGCGAGCCAGGCUCGGCAAGUCAUCGCGGAGAGCCGAAGGCUGUUAGAUACACAGUCUUCGCACAGCGGUUUUGGUUCGCUGGCCAGCGACCGCAGCGACCGCACUUUGCCGAGUUCCGUGCGUCCUCCUGUGAACUCGGUGAACUCAGCGCGAGAGGCCCAGUCGGAGGAGCAAGAGCGACGGCGCCGACAGGAUCGUGAAGCAGAGCGCGCAGCCUUGGAGCUUGAGAAGCGCUUCGACGAGGACCUGCGGAAGCAGAAGUUGGCCACCCGUCAGGCCGAGGCGCUCCUAAGCGAAUGCCAGGCAGAGCUGGAGAGGCGCAGGGGGGACACGCCGGCUGCAGGCUCCAGGAGCCCUGCAGAAAUCAGGGAGGAGGCAGCGCAGCUGCGCCAGGCGGCCAAGAAGGCCGAGGAGUCUGCACGGCAGCAAGCGAGUGAGCAGCGGGAGGUGCGGCAAAGACUGCAGCAGCUCAUCGAUGCUGCUAAAGCUGAGGUGUCUGAGGCAGUACAGCAGCGAGCCGAUGCCAUCAAGGAGAAGCAGGCGUCCAUGCGCCGGCAACAGAAGCAGCUACAGAAGGUUCAGGCCACGUGCGUGGAACUGUCUCAGCAGAUCAAGGAGAAGAAGCGUCUUUGUGAAGAGACCGACAGGCAGACGAAGUCGGCUGGAGUGUCCAUUACCAGGUCCAGGCGAGAAGCCACAGAAGUCGCAGCGCUCGCCAGCGCUCUUCAGAGCCGGCUGGAUGUAGAGGAGACAGAGACGGUCGAGACGAUCGAGACCUUGGAGAGUGGGGAAGGCUCCCGGUGCGACACUGGCGCCACUGGUUCAGACAACAGCCUGCGUAAGCUGGAGGAGACGGCGCUCUCGGCCAAGGUGGUUGGCACGCAAAACCGUUGCCGGAGCUUGGAGCAGCAAGCGCUUGCAAGCGCCUCCAGGGCAGAGGAGCUCUCUGCCCUCGUGGAACUUUAUCAGCUCCGGCUAUCGCAGCCAGGCGACGCUGGUGUUGCAGGUGAUGCUGGUGCACCGAAAGAGCUUCAUGCUGCCCAGGAGGAGCAUGCCGAGUUGAAGGAGGCACAUCGUCAGGCUUUGGCACAGCUGAAUGGUCAGCACUUGCAGAAACUGGUGACUUCCCUUACAGAGCCCAUUCGCACUUCCAGGACUGAGAGCACGCCCUCACCGAGCCCAGCUGGGUUGUCGGAGGCUGCGCAAAAGAUCGUAAGCUGCGAAGCCGAGCACCUACGCGAGCUGUGCCUCGUGGAGCAGCGAGUCGCCGAACACGAGCUGUCUCAGUACGAGGCAUUUCUUGCUGGACCGGAGGCUGGUAAGGCGAGUAGCUCUGUGGGCACACUCCAAGAGUUGCAAGGCAGAGGGAAGCUGAGGGCUGCACGGCUGAUCCACGACUCUUUGCAUCAGCUAGGCAGUCGCCUGGAGCAUGUCAUGCAGGGAGAGGUCGCUGGCUUGGACCUCUCGGGCAAGAUCGGCCCUGUGCUUGUGGAACGUCUCAACGGCAGCAUCCGCAAGGGCAUCGAGGUGGCCAAGGAGGAGUUGCAGUGCCGGCGUUCCGAGCUUUCCGAGCUUACUGCCCAAGGCGAGCCGGGUGCCCUGGGAACGCAGCAUGCGCAGCUCCGCGAAAUGCUCGACGAAGCGCGGGCAUCUUGCCAGGGCCAGACUGAGCUCUGUGCGCAGCUGCGCUCCUCUGUGGCGGCCCUCGAGGCCGAGGCUGCCGCCCAGAUGCAACAGCGUGAGGAGGAGCUGGGCCGUGGGGCGGCGCUGCGCACCCGGCUGGAGGAGGCAUUGCGUGCAGAGGCAGCCAUGGGUAUGGAGCUGUGCUCCAAACUUGAGGAGGAGUGCCGUGAGUUGAGAGUGUCGGCACAGGGCCUAGAGCUGUCAUCCAGCCACGAGACCCAGGCGUGCGAGUUGCUUCGAGAGGAGCUUAACGCCAAGGAGGAGGCGGCCGAGCAGCUCGCAGCGAGGGUGGCUGGAUUCGAGCACGCGGAUGCCGAGUUGGAGCAACGGCGGCAGGGUCUCCAGUCCCGCAUGGCUGCAGUGUCCAAGGCGCUGGACUUCAAGACUGCCCAGGCGAAGAAGGUCCACGAGGAAGCGCAGGCGUGCUGCAAGGCUCGGGCCCAGGCGGUGGUGGCCACAGAGGCGGAGCGCAUGGCGCUGCACGCCGCGUUGGCCAACCUGGAGGCCGAGAAGCAGGCGUCGUUGUCCCAGGAGCGACUGCUGGAUCGCAGUCCUCCUUCGUCCACGGCACAAGCCGCUGGUGUACAGUAG